AUGCCCUCGAUCCUUACCGAUGCAGACAAGGAAACUGUCAAGCGAUAUGUCCCCAAGCCCGCCAACAAGAUCUUGGCCGUAGCUGUCGCGCGACUCUACGUUGCCUACCCGGAUCCACAAAAAUGGACUUAUACAGGCGUGCAAGGAGCAGCUGUGAUCUGCAACGACCUUGUCGGAAGAACCUUCUGGCUGAAAAUAGUCGAUGUUUCGCCUAGUGGAAAAGGCGUCAUUUGGGACCAGGAACUCUUUGACAACUUCCACUAUAAUCAAGACCGUACUUUCUUCCAUACAUUUGAACUCGAAGAUUGCGCCGCCGGUCUGUCCUUCGCCGACGAGAAGGAAGCCAAGACAUUCAUCAAGAAGAUACAGGAGCGUGAGAAGCACGCGAGCAAAGAGACCUCCAAGACUCCCUUUGCUUCAAUUCGAGGGCAGGGCCCUGCGCCCAUUGCCAAUGGCAAAGGUCCCAGCCGAUCUAUCUUUGGUAGCUUGUUGCAUCGCUCGAGCCAUGGUGCUCCAGCUACUGCUGCACCACCACCUCCUGCUGCUGCGCCGUCACUACCAGUCGCGGCUCCCCCGGUUCAUAUUCCGAGCGCUUCAGCGGCCAAGGCAGACCUGCCGUUUGAUAUAAACGAUCCUUCGCAAAAGGGGCUGUUCGACGAGCUUCAGCAAAUGGGUAUUACAGCAGACCAAAUGGCGGAACAUGCCGACUUCAUUAAGUCGUGGAUUGCCGGAAAGCAAGUCAAUGAAGCAGCCGAGAAUGCAACACCGACUGGAAGAGCUCCUCCACCACCUCCUGCCGCCCCUAAGGUAAACACAAUCAGUCCGCAAGGCACGGGUAGCUCCGGUCGACGCGGCCCUCCACCUCCGCCCCCUGCUCCUCGCAAAGGUCGCGCCGACACGGAGGAGCCGUCAUCACCUCCCCCUCGUGAGCCAUCUCCGCCUGUUCGACGAUUUGCUGCACCUCCUCCGAUCGCAGAUGCCGGCAAGUUCGCUGAGCCGGCCGGUCCAGCACACACGAGGCGCCCACGAGCCGUCUCAAGUGUUACGCCGGGUCCACCUCCACCUCCUCGUCCUCCAAAGACUCCAAUGGAGGAAACACAGCCCAUUCCGACCCGAUUUGGAGUGCCUCCGCCUUUCGCGGGAGAUCGCAAGGUCUCAGCGCCCCCUGCGCCUCCUAGUCGCAGCCCAGUUCCUCCAGGUCCUCCCCCACCCCCUCCUCGUGCAGGCAGUCCGGCAGUUCAACCACCGCAGCUACCUCCCAAGGUUCUGAAUGCAAAUCUUCCGCCUGGUCCACCACCUCCCCCACCCGCCAGAGGACCUGCAUCCCCGCCGCUACCAGCUCCCCGGCCCGUGCCAAGCCCCAUAGCAGCGGCACCUCCUCCGCCUCCCAGAGGACCUACCUCUCUCCCUCCUCAACCAAGUACUGGGGCACCUGCAGCACCUCCGCCUCCGCCACCACCGGGUCGGGGUGGCCCUUCACUACCUCCCCCGCCUCCUCCAGCACCAGGUUCAUCUGCCCCUGGAGGACCCCCGCCUCCUCCACCACCUGGUCGCCCCGCUGCGUCGGUUCCCCCGCCUCCGCCGCCUCCUGGUUCUGGUGCACCCGGUGGUCCUCCACCGCCGCCUCCGCCUGGGGGUUCUGGAGCUCCUCCUCCCCCACCAUUGCCUGCGGUGGGUGGGGGUGGACGAGAUGGCCUCAUGGCUGCCAUUCGUGCUUCUGGCGGCCAGGGCGGAGGAGGGUUGCGCAAAGUCAAGGACUCCGAGAAAAAAGACCGCAGUGGUGCUAUAGUCCCUGGAAGUGCCCAAGAAUCCGCUGCUGCCACUUCCAGCUCAGGAGGUGCGCCGCAGGGUGGCUUGGCUGGUGCACUGCAGGAUGCGUUGAAGAAAAGAAAGCAGAAAGUCAGCGGAAGUGAUGACGAGAAGUCCGAUGAUGACGAUUGGUAA